AUGUUCGAGUAUGACCGCGUGCAGUACUCUGAGCGCCCGUUGCAGGUUGUUGCAGCCUGUGUUGACAUCGACAAAGGGGUCGAGGACGGAGACACUGCCAGGGACGUAGAUGCUCUAGAUACCGACGAGGACGGAGAUACCCGGGGUAGCAGUGUCCCUGGUCUUCUCACAGCUAAUACUGGCUGA